CAAUGUUCUGAUAAGUUCUGCGACCUGCAAUAGCCUACUUUCUUAUCUUAACAUCUUCAUAACGUGGUUAUCUCACCAUUACGACUCAAGUGCUGAAAGAUGGAUAUUUCUGUAAUCAUUAUCUUCCUAAGCCUCUUUAAAUCUUCAUACACCAGUGCGACACAAGGAGAAGAAAAUAACACUCUGUCAAAGUUACCAGUAGACAACACUCAGACGGACAGUAGGCCAGAUAGUGACCACGAGAGCGACAUGAGCAGAAUUCUGAAACGUCUCGAAACCAACGAGAAACUCACGCAGCGACUGCUUAGCCGUGUGGAACAUCUCGAGUCUCGCGAGAAGUCGCAACAACAAGAGAUACUGAAUCUUCAUAAUCAACUGGAUCUUCAAAAACGCCAAACAAAAUCUCUACAGAGAGUUCUGAACCAUAUUUUCAAUCGGAGGACUCCACUGAAAAGUCGGACUGGAGAAAAUCAAACAGCGAGUACAGUUAUCGAAGUUAAGAGUGUGGAAAAAGAGAUUAGUUCUGGUUUAAGAGCAACUGAAGAGCACAAAUCCUCACAGAGAAUUCGCCGGGCAGAAAACGAGAAUCAAGUUGCCUUCUUUGCGACCCUCUCUACCGAUAUUCAACAUGCCGGAGUCCACCAGACCUAUGUCUUUGAUCACGUGAUCACAAACCUUGGCAGUGCAUACAACAAUCACAAUGGAAACUUCGUAGCCCCUGUCUCUGGAACUUACGUGUUUUCUGUCACACUGCUUUCUGUGUAUCAUGUCAACGCACAUGCACAAUUCUUAAAAAAUGGCCAACUUGUUACAAGGUUGUAUUUAAGUGGAGUAGAAAGUGGUCAUGACACGGCAAGUCAGACAUUUGUCCUCCAACUGCACAAAGGAGAUGACGUUUGUGUCCACAAUUUAGAUCUGGACGCCUCAUUAGGUGGUUCUCACUAUAGUAGCUUUGCCGGAUUUCUUUUGUAUGAGGAUUACUCAAGUUCAGCCAUUGUUGGAAAAUAAAUUGAAUCUUACUAUGUAUCGCAUUAAAGCAAUAACGCAAGGUAACAUAA